GACACGAGUUACGACCAAUGACAUUGCUGAUGUCAAGUCGCCAAGUGUCAACACUGAAUUCAAAUAAAAUUCAAAUAAGGAGGAUAUAAUUUUUUAGUUUUCAUUCAUUUCUCGAUUGCUACAGCUAUACAUAGUAGUUGGAAUCGCAGAUAUCGAAAAACCGAUAUCUAGGCUUUGUAUCAGUAUCCAAGAGAAAAUAUAAAUUUAUCAAUUAUGGACCAGUGGUUGAAAGAGAGUCUAUCCAGGAUAUUAGACUUUGAAGUACCUGAAGAUCUUAUAAAAUAUGUGCUCUCCAUAGAAAAUCAAGCUGAUCUAAAUGAAUACAUGAAAACUUUAAUAGAUUUUGAUAACUCACAGCAUAAAACAUUUUUUGAUGAGCUUUGUAAGAGAAAGUUUCCCACAAAAGCGUCUUCCCUACCACGUCAACCCAAAAAGAAGAUUUCGAAAAAUAAGCCACAAAUAGAGACUAAAGAAGUGAAACCCUCUGAAACAAUAAGCAAUGAGGAAACAAAAAAUAAAAAGAGGACAAAAUUUGUCAACCUUUAUUCGCAGGAAGGGAAGAAUGCCCAAGUUGUUUUAAUAAAAGGCAGACUUCACUGCGACUGUCAGGCUUCCAAACAUGAGCUUAUAAAUAAUUGCUUACAAUGUGGACGCAUUGUUUGCAAGCAGGAAGGUUCUGGUCCCUGCCUAUUCUGUGGACAUUUGGUAUGCACUCCCCAAGAGCAAAAAGAAAUCAAUGCUAAGACCAAAUCAAGUGCCAAGUUAAUGGAGUCACUGAUGGAACGCAAUAGGCCCAAGGGCUGGGAAGCUGCUGUAUCCCAUAGGAAUAGACUUUUGGAGUAUGAUAGAACAAGCGAACGCCGCACCAAAGUGACGGACGAUGACAGCGACUAUUUCAACGCUAACAGCGUAUGGUUGAGCGCUAGUGAGAAAGAGAAACUGCAGAAGUAUCAACAGUCACUUCACGAUAAAAAACAUGCGUCGAGGCUUAAUAAGAAGAUGACCUUUGACUUCGGUGGUCGUCAAGUGGUAGAAGAUAACACAAUAGAUUACGACGUGGAUGAAGAUCACAUACGCAGUAUAACCAGUGGGAACCCCAAUGCCAAUAGCCAAUUGUUGAGGAGCGACUUGUUGGCUAACAUGUCCUCUGAUAGGGACGUCGCGCCGGGGGUCAAUGCUAACUUGUUACAGUUCGAUGAAUCAAUAACCGGCAAUUACGGGGCAAGCAGACCGAACUGGUCCGUUCAUUCCCGCAUCCAAGAUGCGGAGUUACAGGAGAUGGUGGACACGGGCAAGUGCCUGUCCAUGCACCAACCCUGGGCGUCUCUGCUUGUGGAGGGGAUCAAGCUGCACGAGGGUCGCACGUGGUAUACGAGCCAUCGCGGCAGGUUGUGGAUAGCGGCUACGGUUAAACCGGCCGACCCUGGCCUUGUCCGGGACUUGGAGAAUAGAUACAGGGUGCUCUAUCCGGAGAAGCAAUUCAAGUUUCCAUCUUUCUAUCCCACUGGAUGUUUGCUGGGGUGCGUCAAUGUUGAUGACUGUCUGCCGCAAGAAGAGUAUGAGAAAAUCUAUCCGGACGGCGAAGGCGACAGUCCCUAUAUGUUUAUUUGCUCAAAUCCGAUAAGUCUGCGGCUUCGGUUCCCGGUCAAAGGACAGCAUAAAAUAUAUACUCUGGACAAGACUAUACAUCAAGCGGCUUUGAAAUGUAUACAAAAAAUGUCCAAAAUAGAAGCUGAACAGGCGCACGCCGCGUAAAUUUGUUAUUUUGUAAAGGAAAAAUAAAAAUAUUUAUUAAAUAAGAGUGUUUUAUUUACAAUAUCCUAUAUCGAUAUAAAUAUUGAGACACACUGACACACAUUGAAUUGCCAGUGAACACACACAUAAUACUUCGUUCGUAUCACUAAAGUAUACUUAAUAUUAAAUGAGCACCAAGGACAGUUGAAGACGAAAAUGCA